AUGAAAGUAGCGACAGGUGUUUUCUUCCAUAUUGCGCUGUACAUCCGAGUAAAACAGUCCAGGGGACUCCACAGAGACACUGCACGGUUACGGAGCACCAAGUACAAGGUGCUGGCAUCUGAGAAAAAAGUCUCCACCAAAUGAAAGGGUAGACGACACAUUUUCAGAUUGAAAAAUGGAAGGCCUAUCAAAGCACCAGAGUCUGUGUCAACAAUUGUCACAUCAAAGUCUAUGUUCUACCAAGGUGUCUAUUAUCAAAUAAGAGAUGUCAUUAAAAUUAAUGAAGAGGACGCACAGAUUUGUGGUUUCGUCCAGGACCAGUACUGUGAGAAAAGUACUGCUUUAACUUGGUUGAUCCCAACUCAGGCCAGUCCUCAAGAUCAAUUUGAUUCAGGCACAUAUUGCUUAGGCCCUGAAGAGGACUUGCCAAGAAUAAUUGAAUACCUGGAGUUCGUCUGUCAUGCACCAUCAGAAUAUUUUAAAUCAAGAAGCUGACCUCUACCAAAUGCAGUUCGUCCAGAAAAAGGCUACGUUUGGACUCGUAUAGGAUGGACGCCUGCUGUUGCCAUCAAAGUAACUGUAGGGUGAAUUUUAUUAACAGGAAUUUUCAGUACAGUUACAGGCUACGUCAGAAUGAGUGGUGUUUGUCAUUAAACAUAGUAAAUUGUCUACAGUCACAUUUCACAAUUACAUCACAUUACAACUCAAAUUUACAAAAUUUUUCAGAACUCUCAGCUUUUGAUAGUUAAAUGCAGAAACCACAGUAGUCUACACUACGACACAGAGGUCUACAAAUUGAAAAUGGAAACUGUAAAUACAAAGUUAAUUGUCUUCCAGUUCUGUGAGGAAUGGGUCGUCUUGAGCUUAGGGUGCCUGUUCAGCUUUCAGUAUCUUGCUUUUGUUGAGAUGUGGUGAGUCUGUACUGGUGUCUAGAAGAUGUGCCUAAAACAGAAUCCAACUCUUGAUUUAAUUUUAGCUGAAAAGUUGAGGAAGCAUGUAUUUUUGCCUAUGUUUUAUUGAUUAAAGAUAAUUCCUAAAACUUACAUUGCUUAAAUUGAUGACAGUGGAGAUUAUGUCUCCAGUGGCCAUCUCAUUAUU